CGCCAAGCACAACACCAGAUCAGGUUUCAAGAUGGACAGUGCGUUGCUGCCUCAUAACAACUCGGUCGAUGAAGAGACGAUCUCCAUUGUGGCGUACGGAACGACUCCACCGUCUUCGCAGCGGUCUCGUCCGGCAGUCGAGAGCCGAAAUUCGUGGAGUCCUCCGUCCGAUAUUCCAACAAACUACCAGCCUCCAGACUGGAACUCGGACGACGGAUCUAUCGUCGAUGGCAGUGCCCGACGCAUCGCCAUCAAUACACGGACGAGCAGCAGUCGAAGCAGCAGUAGCAGCAGCAGUGACGAGGUUCCACCGCCUCCGUCGCCACCUUUGGUAGGUGGCAACAGUUUUCGGAGUGCUACUGUGGAUACCACGGCGUCAACAAAGUCUAGCGACUUACCACCGUCACCCCCAGCGAAUACUGCGGUGGCGAACACGACAGUACGCCCACUCACACUGUAUGGGAAGGAUAUUCUCCACAUUUUCCCGUUUGGAACCACGUCACAAGAUGGGAAUCCAGUGAAAUGGUCCGAUACUCUCGGCGCUAUCGACACUGAGGACGACUAUUCCAUCCGAGACCCGCACUUUGAUCUUACCAACGGAAAAAUCUCCAAGCUGUUCUCAUUAUCCAAUCCUGAUGGUAAGUACCCGGUUUUGUCGAAACAUUACAAGAAUUUCUCUGACACUUUGGUUCACAAAAUUAGGAAAGGGAAUGCUAUCAUACGAAGGUUUCCGCUGUGGACUGGAGGCUAUGGGCAUUGCCUGUGACAGUGAUCGACAAUUUCAAGCCUUCGUGGACGUCGUGGAUGAAGACAAGAAUGGCGUCAUCUCGUACGAAGAAUUCCUCUCUGCCAUUCAAGAAAUCAAACUGGCUCAGCUCUUCAAUGACCCCUUCAUUCGCACAAUGCCAGCAUUGUUUUCGAGUCUAAAAUCUCCAGUAACACUAGGCUCAAUCGAGUAUUCCCCGGACCGUAUACGUAGCGUGUACCCGAUCAAUCAGGUCAAAAGUUUCAUCUACUCGACGAAUCCAAGCUGGGCCAAUGUGCGCUGGAUCAACGUCGAAGGCAUCAACACUCUACUCAUGCGUCGUCUAUCCGUUCGCUAUCGACUCCAUCCCCUUGCGAUCGAAGAUACACUGGGACCAGACGUCAAACGACCGAAGUACGUUAAGUUCGACGAGCAUUCGUUCCUGAUUCUGCAGACGCUGAGUCCACGCAACAUGUCGAUCGUCAAGAAUUACCAGAGCAUGUACCGAGCUUCGCAGUUCGUAUUACCGGAAGAUGACUCACCGUUCGACAAGAUGAGCCUGUCGGAGCUUGAGAUGCGACUCAAGGAGCUCGAUGUUGGGCGUGUCAUGUCUCUACCUCGUCAACUGAGCUUGUACGUUAUGGAGGGCGUACUUAUCAGUGUGCAGGGCGAGAACAUGCUCUGGUCCGCUUUAAAGCAGAGACUGCAUGUGUCGUACUCCAAAGUUCGUCAACACAGCACGGCGUUCCUCAUGUACACGAUCAUGGACGUGUGUGUGAACCGACUGUCACCAAUUUCUCAGACUUUUGGAGCCAAGCUGAUAAUGCUGGAACGUCUGAUGUCACUGGACUCACGGUACUUCGAUUUGAGUCAAAUUGCCAAGUGUUCGAAGCAGAUUAAGGGCCUCCAGAUGCACUGUAAACCGAUGCGUGAAGUUAUUUCCAAGCUGAUAACGUCCGAUGACUAUCAAGGCGAGACGCUACAGUACUUCGCUGAUGUCCAGGAACACCUCACUACUAUCGAGGAGGAGUGCGUACACAAUCUGGACCGUUGUAAUAGCCUCGUGGAAGAAUUCAACAAUGCUCGCGCUUCGCAGCAGAAUGACGUGAGCUACAUCUUGGCGCUCAUUGCGGCGAUUUUUCUGCCUGCACAAUUUCUCACGGGAGUAUACGGUAUGAACUUCCCGUAUAUUCCGGAGCAGACGUACUACUAUGGAUAUUAUAUCUGGUGGGCAGUCAUGAUCGUGGUUGCUGGGCUGAUUGUGCUGUUUUUCAAGUUGAAAAGGUGGCUGUAAGCAAACGUGUAGCCCUGGACUAAAAAAAGUGUCAAGCAUUAGAAAAGUCAAGAAUUUAUUGGUUUGCGGCCGAGCGGAUCUUCAGUAUAAAUGGGGGAAGGGCAUUUUUAUGGAGAGUUGCCCGAUUUUUUGAGAUUUCUAUUGAAAAAUGGCGAAAACGGGCAUAUUUCCCCACCCUACACCCGUAUUUUAUUUUUAGCGCAUUCGAAAAGUACACCUCUCUCCGCAAAUUAAAUGGUCAGAUUGUUCUACAAUUUUAUACAUCACUGAAUGAACUCUGAGAGUCUUGAUUACAUGUUUUAAUAAAUACAU